UGGGCGGCGCGCUCCUGGGAGAGGCCAGUGCCCCAGGCGUCCGGUUUCCUGCCCACGCCAGUCCAACUUCCGCGUGUCUGGGGGGCAGGGGCUCGCCGGGCUCUGCUCCGGUCUCCUCUCCCGGUCCCGCCACAGCUGGGAAGUGGGAUCCGGGCGCCCCGCCUCUGAGGCUCCGCCCCGUCCCGUCCCAGCUUUACGGGCCAGAGGUCCUGGGGCCUCCGAGGCUGCCGGCCGGGGCUGGGCCGCGCGAUGUCGCAUGGAUCGGGGCUCGUCCGGACCACGUGCAGCAGCGGCGGCGCUCCGGGGCCAAGCCAGCCCUCGGAGGGACUGCUGGACCCGGUGUACCCGCGCACCCAGGGCGCCCUGCUCAAAGUGGCGCAGAUGGUCACCCUGCUGAUUGCCUUCAUCUGCGUGCGAAGCUCCUUUCCGAUCGACUAUGGCGCCCACAGCUUCUUCGAAGUUGUCACCAUGUGCGACCUGAUAAUGAUCCUGGUCUUUUACCUGGUCCACCUCUUCCGCCUCUACCGAGUGCUCACCUGCAUCAGCUGGCCGCUGUCGGAACUUCUACACUAUUUAAUCGGCACCCUGCUUCUCUUCAUCGCCUCCAUAGUGAUAGCCUCCAAGAACUACAACCUGGUAGCCGGAGCGAUCUUUGGGUUCCUGGCCAGCUUCCUCUGCCUCGCGAGCUUGUGGCUGUCCUACAAGAUCACCUGCAUAACCCAGUCAUCAGGUCCUGAGUUCAAUUCCCAGCAGCCACAUGGUGGCUCACAACCAUCUGUAAUGGGAUCUGAUGACGUCCUUCUGGUGUGUCUGAAGACAGCAACAGUGUACUCACGUACAUAAAUCUUUUUUAAAAAAUUAAGAAAACCAGGGGAGGGCAUGGUGGUGUAUACCUUUAAUCCCAGCACUUGGGAAGCAGAGGCGGGUGAAACGGGUGGAGCUCUGUGAGUCUGAGGCUAACCUGGUCUACAUAGCUUGUCCCAAGCCAGGGCUACAAAGUGAAACCCUGCCUCAAAACACAGAACAACACGUGCCUCUCUUUCUCCCCUCUACUUCAUCAUGUGUCAGACAUUAGCAUUCUCUCUCUAUCGUAUUUUUUGGGGAUGGGGCCCUACUCAGUUUUAGAGUUUUGGCUUUCCUUAAUGUUUUGUUACUAAACACUGCUGUAAGGAAGGCCCUCAGGUUAUAAUUGUAAUGCACCCUGAUGCACACCCUUGAUGCUUCUUCUCCCAAAGGUACCUUGGAGGAGGGGUGUGGGUUUGCCAGUGUCAACCUGUGUAGCCCAGACUGGCUUUGAACUUGUGGCAGUCCUUUUGCCUCAGCUCCUCAAGUUCUAGGUUUACAAGUGUGCACUAGCACAUGUUGCCUGCUGUGUUCUUUAAAGUUGAUUGCAAAAGCAUGGGGCUUUGUGGUGCAUGCUUGUGACCCUAAUUGUGGGAGGCCGAAGCAGGCAGACCCUCAGUUCAAGACAAUCGAAUGUAUGCUUUACGAUCCGGUCAAACACACACACACACACACACACACACACACACACACACACACACAGGCACACACAGG